AUGGAAUCAAAGCCAAUACUCACUAAAUUUUUAAUAGAUGACGACCCAUACAAGAUGAAACCAGUUCAUCAUAAUUAAACUCUAAAAUAGAUCCGUGCCCUACUCUUUUUACAAGAUUCAAUUCUUUUUUAAUAUGAUGGGACUUCUAUUGAUAAAGAAGAUGAAGAGGAUUUAAAUCUUACAGAUAUCUGCUAAGAUUCAAAAACAGUUCAUCUAACCUAAGACUCUUAAAAAAUUAAUAAUAAUGCAAUAAGUAACAGUAAAAUUUAGAUUAAACCAUUAGAAAAUGCAACAUUUUUAAAAAAAGUUAAUGAGUUAGAUUUAUAUCUUUAUCCAGAUUGGUCAAAAAUAGAAAAAGAUAAAUUUUUAGCUGAUGCUUAAUUAAAAGGUAAAUAACAAAACGAAUUUCAGAAGCUUUUAACGAAAGUUUCUCCCUUUUCUGCUUAGGAAGAAGCUCAAGCAAAGGUACUAAUGGUAGUUGGAUAAAUAUUAUCUGGUAAAACUACUCUCCUAAAUUUCUUCAUAAAUUUUCUCACUGGAGUUUAAUUUUCUGACAACUUCAGAUAUAUCUUAAUAAAUGAGUAAACUGAAAAAACCCAGGCUCAGAAUAUUCCUGGCUUUGGAGAUACAAGAGGCAUUCUGUAAGACUAAAUUAUUUCAGAUUAAAUCAGAAAUUUCUUUCUUAAUCAUCUUGACUCAAUUGAUGCUAUAUGCUUCAUUCUUGAAAUUUGUGGAAAGGAUGUAGCUGAAAAUUUUGUCUGCAUGAUUACCUUUUGUGAUAAUGAUGAGCCCUAUGUUUUACGAGCAUUGAGUUAACCUGGUGAUCCAUACUACUAAAAUGAAAAAGGAGUACUAAUGCCAUAGCCAAAGUCUAUAUUUUGCGAUUUAAUUCCUCUAAUUAAAGAGCCAUGGUAUCUUAAAUUCAACAGUGCUGCUUUAUUCUAAAAUAACAAAUCUGCUAAUCAAAUGAUAAAAUUGUUUUGGGAGUUAGGAAUUCAAAGCUUUGAUGACUUUAUGAAGAAAAAGUUAUAUUUUUUAAAAAGAAAAAAUCUUUAACCUGGAGAAUAUGCUACUAUCUGUUUGUAGUGUAACAAAACUUGUCAUUAUCCAUGCUAUGAAAAUAUAUAGGAAUGUGGUUGUUUAUAAGGUGAAAACUGUACAUGUUGUAGCGGUAAAUGCCAUUGGACUUUACACAAAAGUUGGACAUACAGAUUUGAAAUUAAAAUGAUAAAAACAUCAAUUGAUAUUUAAGAACUUAAAGAUGUAAACUGCGAUGCAAUAGUAAAAAAAUCAGAAUAAUUCAUAGUUAAGAUAGAGAAAUGCAUUAAUAGAUUUAAUGAAAUAGCCUUAAGAACAGGGUGUUUAGUUAGUUCUGAUCAAUACAUUGAAAUAAUGAUUAUUUCAGAAGAAAAUGAGAAAAAGCCAGGAUUCGAAGGAAGAAUUAGGGCAUUAAAAGAAUUUUAAACAUCAGGAAUGAACGCUUAGGAUGCUUUAAAUGAAGAUGAGGCUACUAAGGAAAUGAAAGCUUUAUUACUUAAUAAUUUAAGGAAAAACUUAUAAAGCCACUAAAAUUCAGAAUGCAAUGUGUUUUGA